GCUGCGAGGCAGUAUAGGCACAGGGGAGGUGGGGUCGGGAGCUCUGCUUCCGGUGGCAGAGCUGGGGUAAGGGGCGGCAGGCGCCAUGUCCGGCCGCGAAGGUGGCAAGAAGAAGCCCCUGAAACAACCCAAGAAGCAGAGCAAGGAAAUGGACGAGGAAGAUAAGGCUUUCAAACAGAAGCAAAAAGAAGAGCAGAAAAAACUCGAGGAGCUAAAAGCGAAGGCCGCGGGGAAGGGCCCCCUGGACUCAAAGUUAAGGGUCGGGCUCCUUGACUUGCUAUUCAGAGGCCUGCAAAAAUCAAGCUUCACGUGCCUUUUUCUUUAUUUAAGCCACAGGUGGAAUUAAGAAAUCUGGCAGAAAAUAAGCUGUACCUUGUGACUGAGGCGAUGGUGACCCUUGAUUCCAUUCCUGUUUAAACAUCUGGAUUCCCUGUUAUAACAUCUGUUGCCACCCGUAGUUAGAAUGAAGUGUUGUCUUGAAGCCCGUUGUACAUUUAAGAAUAAACUUUUGUAAAAAAAAAAAAAAAAAAGACGAAA